AUGAACUCUACUACUUUGCACGCGAGCCCUGUCAAGGAUGGCAGACGCAUUCUCGGCGAAAAGACCGUCAACGCGUGUCUGUCCCCUCAUCGACAAGUCUCGCCUGUUAAACACUCGUUCCUCGAUAUCCCCUCGCCCAAGAAGCAAUUGCUCCCUUCGCCGUCUUUUGCUGGUCAAAAACGCUCCAUUGACCAAGUGGAUCACGGGGUGUCUGCAAACAAAGACUGGCUACGCGUUCGCGACGAAGCUGUCACGGUCCAGGCGACUGGUCGGCCUUCCUCUUUUUCACCAUCCUCUCCCCGAGAACACACCACGACAUCAGAUGUACAGGCACCCGCGACUGAACCGCGAGAGACCAACCAAGCCCUCCCCGAGUCACAAACACACGAGCAACCCAAAUCAACUCUAGAACCCGAAACAAGCAAACCAUCCCUAGAAGAAUCACGAUCAACAACGCGUCCGGUGCCUGAGGACCCCGAGACGCGAAAGUUGUUUAUCCAACAGAAAGCCAGCCUUCUCCGAAACCGAAUCCAAAGCGCCAUGCGCCAUGUUCGAGACCCUCAAUUCGACCGCCGGUUGUCCGAGCUGGAAGCCCACAGCCGCAAAUUACCCCGAUUGUCCUUACCCGAAGCCUCCUCCACCCGGAGUCCACUCGUCAAGGAGGACCCCGCCGCCAGCUCUAGCUCCCCUUCUUCCACUCCUCGAGCCCUCCCGCCGUCCCAGGCGCUCACCCAUCCCUCCUCCGAGACUACGGUCCCUCCUGCCCCGUCGGGUCUCUCGUCUCCGCCCCUGUCGGCGGGGAAUGCUCACGCCCAGGAUGACCCGAUGAAGACCCCGACGCAGAAGACCCACCGACGCACAGAUACCGCGGGGUCCCCGAUGCAGCUGAGUAGUCCGCCCGCGAGCGCCUCACGGGGCGGAAGAGCCAUGCGAACCCCGGUGGCAGCAGAGUCGAGUCAGCAAGAGGAUGUCGUGAGGGAGCAACGGUUCGUCACGCCGGCUCAACGGGGAGACGCUGUGGACGGACUUCUCAAGCUCAUGAGCACGGGGGAGAAACGCGACGAUCCAAGCCCGUGGGCAGGGUCAGUGAACUCCGGCUAA